AUGGCUCUGACCCAGGGGCGCGGAGACGGGAACCGUAUUCCCGGAACCACAUUCCCGGGGCGCACUGACCCAGGGGCGCGGAGACGGGAACCGGACGCGGAGAAGGGAACCGUAUUCCCGGAACCACAUUCCCGGGGCGGCUCCGACCCAGGGACGCGGAGACGGGAACCGUAUUCCCGGGGCGGCUCCGACCCAGGGACGCAGAGACGGGAACCGUAUUCCCGGGGCGGCUCCGACCCAGGGACGCGGAGACGGGAACCGUAUUUUCGGGACGGCUCUGACCCAGGGACGCGGAGACAGGAACCGUAUUCCCGGAACCGUAUUCCCGGGGCGGCUCUGACCCAGGGACGCGGAGACGGGAACCGUAUUCCCGGGUCGGCUCUGACCCAGGGACGCGGAGACGGGAACCGUAUUCCCGGGACGGCUCUGACCCAGCGACGCGGAGACAGGAACCGUAUUCCCGGGUCGGCUCCGACCCAUGGACGCGGAGAUGGGAACUGUAUUCCCGGAACCACAUUCCCAGGGCGGCUCCGACCCAGGGACGCGGAGACGGGAACUGUAUUCCCGGAACCGUAUUCCCGGGGUGGCUCUGACCCAGGGACGCGGAGACGGGAACUGUAUUCCCGGAACCGUAUUCCCGGGGCGGCUCUGACCCAGGGACGCGGAGACGGGAACCGUAUUCCCGGAACCACAUUCCCGGGGCGGGUCUGACCCAGGGACGCGGAGACGGGAACCGUAUUCCCGGAACCACAUUCCCGGGGCGGCUCUGACCCAGGGACGCGGAGACGGGA